CCUGCCGGUGCGCGCACCCACCACCACCGCCGCGCCCCCCCAGAUCCCCCACCGGCGGCGGCCACCAUGCGGACCGCGGCGGCGGCCACGGUCACGCGCGUGGCGCAGCGGGUGGUGGCCCCGUCGGCGCCCACGCCCCGCGGCGAGCUGCCGCUCUCCUGGCUCGACCGCUACCCGACGCAGCGCGCGCUCAUCGAGUCCCUCCACGUCUUCAAGGGCCGCGCCGGCGCCGACGCCGAGGUGCCCGCCAGGGCCAUCGAGCGCGCGCUGGCCACCGCGCUCGUGAGCUACUACCCCAUCGCCGGGCGGCUCGCUGUCUCGGGCGAGGGGGACCUGGUGGUGGACUGCACGGGCGAGGGCGUCUGGUUCAUCGAGGCCACGGCGAGCUGCACCCUCGAGGACGUGGACUACCUCGAGUACCCGCUCAUGGUGCCCAAGGACGAGCUCCUGCCGCACCCUACCUACCCGGCCUCCGACCCCCUCCCUGAGGACUCGCUCAUCCUCCUCGUCCAGGUGACGCAGUUCGCGUGCGGCGGCUUCGUGGUGGGCUUCCGGUUCAGCCACGCCGUCGCCGACGGCCCCGGCGCGGCGCAGUUCAUGUCCGCCGUGGGCGACGUCGCGCGCGGGCACGCGGCGCCGCUGGUGUCCCCCGCGUGGGCCCGCGAGGCGAUCCCGAGCCCCCCCGGCGCGGCGGUGGGCCCGCUCCCGGCCCCGACGGAGCUCCGCCUCCAGUACCUGGCCAUGGACAUCUCGGCGGGGUACAUCGAGCACUUCAAGGCCCGGUUCCUGGAGCGGACGGGCCACCGGUGCAGCGCGUUCGAGGUGCUCAUCGCCAAGGCGUGGCAGUCCCGCACCCGCGCGGCCGGGUUCGCGCCGGGGACCCCCGUGCACGUCUGCUUCGCCAUGAACGCGCGCCCGGCGCUGGCGGCGCUGCGCGGGCGGGCGCUCCCGGACGGGUUCUACGGCAACUGCUACUACAUCAUGCGCGUGUCGGCGGACGCCGGGGCCGUGGCGGGCGCGCCGGUGCACGACGUGGUGCGGCUGAUCCGCGAGAGCAAGAGGCGGCUGCCCGGCGAGCUCGCGCAGUGGAUCGCCGGCGGCGGCGGGGGAGAGGGGGCGGGGGACCCGUACCGGAUCACGUCGGACUACCGGACGCUGCUGGUGUCGGACUGGUCGCGGCUGGGGUUCGCGGAGGUGGACUACGGGUGGGGCUGCCCCGCGCACGUGGUCCCGCUCACCAACCUCGACUACAUCGCGACGUGCAUCCUGGUCCGGCCACCGGCGCGCAAGCCCGGCGCGCGGCUCAUCACGCAGUGCGUCGCCGCCGGCGCCGUCGACGACUUCCACAAGGCCAUGAUGCGCCUCGACUGAUGCUUGCUUCCCCCUACGCUACGACCUGUUAUUAAUCCCCAGCUGCGUAAAUUCAUUUCGUUCGUUCGUUCGUUCGUUGCCGAUUGGGUAUGGGUAGUUGAUGAGUGGGAACUCUUUUACUAUAUAUAUAAAUAUUUUUUAAAAAAAGCGAUCGACCAUCGCCAGUGGAUUGGAUGUAAGCGUUCGUGCGUGCCUGUAACACGAAGCAUUGUUGCCCUUUUUACUA